UCCAAACACUAAGUUCCCCCAAGGUUCACAGUACUCCGUACAGCUCGUUGAACCACGUGUAUCAGACGUUCCAUCCAAGCCGUCAGAAUUCCAUUUCGUCUUCGUUCUGUAACACCAAAUAUUGUCGCCUAGUUCAUCCAAAUGGUUGGACAUUCAUCUCGUCACAUCUCAAACGCUUGAGGCGUACUACCACUUCUAGCUUUCGUUCCAUGUCCACGAGCCUUGCAGCAGCAACUGCCCAGCUUUCGGUUGCCGCAGCACUUCCGUGUCCCAAAACCGGCUCGACUCCCCGCCGCACACUCCCUUGAGCUGAUUUCAACCACCAGCACCAGCACCAGCACCAGCACCAGCACCAUAACCCUCCCGAUGGCGGCUACCAGCAUUCCCUCUAGUGAACCACCGCAGCCAAGUCCUACCGGCGCCGAACCCGCAACCGGCCAACAUAUCAAUGCUGCCCCUCCGAAUUAUUCGAAGCGACACGGUGGACUUCAUGACAGCGCAGCCGCAGAACCCCUGGUCACAGCCACUACACCGGAGAACGCGCCCGAUGCAUUCGAAACCAGUCAAGAAAACGACGGAGAUGGUGGUGAUGGGCUUGAACCGGGCAGGGGAUCCGUCGACCUUGAUGAUCUACCCAUUGAGCUUGUUAGCCUGACCGAUAGCUUCGUCGAGUCCCUUACCUCCAAGGUCCACAAAACGCCCCCGACGAUCGAUAAGGUCGCGCAGCUCUUCCAGGACUUCUACCAGGUCGCGUCGAAUCAUGUAUCCACUCACAUCUCCGCCAUAGCGUCGCGAAGGAGCCGAGCCACGUCCCCGGCUGCUUCGUCCAGGCCAUCACCAGCGAACAGGCUACGGGUCAAGGCUGCAGCCCUCGGAGGCAAGGAGAAGACCCAAAAUCAUGCCAUCUCGGAAGCGGAGCAGCAACUUAUGACAGUAGAUGAGCUGGCAGACAAGAAAAGGGCUAGGAAGGCUUUGGAAGCCAAGAGGGUCAUGCUCGAGGAAGCCGUUGAAAGGAGGCUAUGUGAGGGUCUGUAUAACCGCAUAUAUCGACACCGCAGCACCCACGACGAGGCGCAGGAUGACAAGCUCAGGUCGAAGACGGCCGCUCUAGCUGUAGUCGGAAUUGGGCCCGCCGACCUUGGAAUUGAUUUGGGCGAAGAUGUCCCCGAGGGCCCUGCGGCAGCUUCGCAAAAAGGCGAGGAGAUUCGACAAUGGCUAAAUCAGGCCAGGAACAACUUAAUCUUGAUGAAUGAAAAGCGGUAUCCGUUGGGUAAACUCAACCAACUCAAGGCCGCACACAGGAGCAUUGUGGACACUCUGGCUCACUUCCACCCCUCCGCCUCAGCCGACGAAAUCAUGCCCAUGCUGAUCUACACCCUCAUCACCCUCCCACCAGAGAGCUUGCACGUUAUCAGCGAUGUGCGGUUCAUCCAGCGCUUCAGGUGGGAGCCCAAGUUAACCGGGGAAGCGGCAUACUGUCUAACGAAUCUCGAGGCCGCCAUCAGCUUUCUCGAGACUGUGGACCUCUCGACUCUUCGUGCCGAUGAACUGCCCCAAGGCCGGCCCAAGGAAGGUGUUCCGGGGUCUCCGAAGACGGAUACAUUCCCGCCCGCUUUUCCUUCUUCGGUAACUCAAUCUACCGACGGCACCGUCGCGACCAGUAGUGGCAGCGCGACAACGAGCAGAUCGCCGCCCCCUUCUUCGGCGGCAUCCAGUCUGAGGGCAGCAAUGCAAGCGCGAAACAGACGGCUCAGCGAGCUAGUGAACACCCCUGCACAGGCUUUCGGCGUUGCCAGCGAUGCUGUCUUUACCACUGCCGAUCAGGGCUUGAAGAAUAUCACCAACAGCCUCGGGGAUAGCUAUAAAUUUCUGUUGGGCAAACUCCGAGAAACUCAAGGGGCGCCAACUGUUACGGGCCACGCGCUUGUCGUUCCGAAGACGCUGGACGACGCGCGGAAGCUGGUUAGUACACCGCCGCUCGACGAAGAGGGGCAAGUCGGCCGCACCGGUUCUUUCCAGAGCACGAAGGACCUCGAUGGAUUCCAGCAAUCGACUCAGACAGAGGAUGCAUUGUUCGGCGUCAUGAGCGGCAAGAAGGCCCCUGUGCGGGAACACAGCGCCAAUGGCCUCCGGAAAAAGAUGAGCAUUGAGAACUCGAAGGAGAAGCCAGUCUCCGUCGUCUCCUCGUCAGCUAACCCCACAAACCCACUCGAGAACGCUGUUCGUAGCUUUGGGAAUUCUUUCAAUCCCAUGGCAAAGCUCUCCAGCAUGGCGGUUAUGCGAGGGUUUGGGCGUGCGGCAACGCCUCACGCGGCACCCUCGAAAGAUGACUCGGCCAAGUCAGUGGAAGGAGGCGAUCUGGGAGCCGCAUUCCCCGACAUCGCACCAGCGCUCCCGCCGAAGGAGAUUCCCAGGAUCAAGCCGCCAAACCAGAGGUUUGUGGAGCUGCAGAACCCCGGCGACCUGAAGCUUAGUGAAGUUCUUGAACUGCUCCGCGAUUAUCGGAGAUUAUCAAACGCACUCAAGGAGAGGGGCGCGUUUGAAGCCUCUCUGUAAAACACUGAACUGGCGGGCGUUCGUUUUGGUCAUUUUAUUUCUCUGGGUUGUGUCCUCUUCUCAGCGCAUUGUGCUACCUUACAUGCUUGUUUUUCAUCAUUAUUGUUAUUUAUUUAUUUUACUGUAUAUGGGCAGCUCAGGAUCGGGGUAUGGUGUUGGAUUACUACAAGACGGCGGCGGCGGCGGCGGCGUGCACUUCUCGAAUAGACGAUACUGGGGAAAUACUCUGCCAUUUCAGACAAACUGCUAGGACAGGAAAAGAGAUGUGCUAUGGGAUAGGGAUAGCGAAACCAAAUCAGCCCGCCUAUCUGACGGCAAGCCUAGUGAGACUGGGUUGUCAAUCAGUCAGUCGGUAGAUGCAUGCAUGCGUAGACGAUCGGGAUUGACAACAUCAGCAGACUAGUUAUUUCGAAAUAGUCAUCGUAUUAUCCUUUCUCUUGAUGGGCCCAUGGUGUUCAGAGGUGAGACUCGGAGGCAACUCGGU